GUGACGUCACCGAGCAGAAAGAGGAAACUUCCGCACUUUAGCGGAGGCGAUUGUCCAAACCUUCGAAGUUUCCCAGUCGCAACGUUAUGGAAGCGAACAGUCUCGAUCAAACUGGCGGGACUGGAGAUGGUAAAGGCGGCCAAGAGAAAGUCUCCAAGGUCUUGACCGAGCUGCGUCUUGUGGUUGUGGGCUGGAGGUGGCCCGGCAAGAGCCUGACGGCCAACACCAUUUUGGGCCGGGAGGAGUUCCGCUUGGAGCGUGCGGCCGAGUUCUGCGUGACCAGGCAGACGGAGGCGCAAGGUCGGCAGGUGACGGUGGUGGACACGCCCGGCUGGUACUCCACGCAGACCACGCCGCUGUCCUACAAGAAGGAGAUCACCCGAGGAGCCACCCUGUGCCCGCCCGGCCCGCACGCCUUCCUGCUGGUCAUCCCCGUCGGUAUGUUCACCGAGGUGGACCGCGCCCGCAUCGAGGAGCACGUGGGCCUGUUUGGCGAGCGCGUGUGGCGGCACACCCUGGUGGUGUUCACCUGGGCCGAGGUGCUGCGGAAGAUCUCCAUCGAGAGGUACAUCCGCCGCGAGGGCGCCGAGCUCCAGUGGGUCCUGGAGAAGUGCAAGCACAGGUACUUUGUCAUCGACAACUGCGUGUUCGAAGAGCAAGCUCAGGUCGGACGCUUGAUGGAGAAGGUGGAGAAGAUGGUCGCCGACGAAGGCGGCCACUACGUCCCGGACCAGGAGGAGGCAGACCCGCCGCCGACCCCCCUGGAUGAGAACCAGAACCCCACUAGGGAUGCGCGGGAGCUGGGUGCCAAGCCCAAACUUGCCUCUGACGUGACUUUACCCCAAGAGGUGGCGCCGCUUUCCACCGAGUGACGCUAACGUUGGGUUAGCAACGCUAUGUUAGCACCGCUAGUUAGCACUGUUGUCACUUUGUCUUUCUGAUCACAAUAUUAGAAAAAGACAUGGACCAAAAUGUCAUCCACUUCUUUUAUUUCUUGUUGUACUUCACCAAGAUGUCCGUCGGGCUACAGCAAAGAACGUCUUUGUCGUGAUAAACAGUUACCAUAUUUUUCGGACUAUAAGUCGCAGUUUUUUUCAUAGUUUGGCCGGGGGUGCGACUUAUACUCAGGAGCGACUUAUGUGUGAAAUUAUUAACACAUUACCGUAAAAUAUCAAAUAAUAUUAUUUAGCUCAUUCACGGAAGCAAAUGUCAGCAAUCGUCACGCACACGUCAACCAAUAAAAAUUAUGCGGGGGCGGGUCAUAACACAAGUGCAUUGUGGGUCAUGAUAGCGGUGUAUUGUGAAAAAAAAAGAUGCUACAUGCUACUACGUCCGUACCUAGGAAAAUGGAUCAUUUCAACAUUGGCGGUAACUUAUAAAAACUGAGAAGGGCUGAACAAAAAUGGCAACGAAAAGAAAAUCAUAUACUGCAGAUUACAAGCUGGACGUAGUGAAAUAUGCAGCAGAGAACGCCGAUCGAGCAGCAGAAAGAAAGGACAUACCAGAGGCCACACCGGGGAGGAAGAUUUCAUGGGAUUUAGCGAUUAGGAGUGACAGAUUGUUUGGUAAACGUAUAGCAUGUUCUAUAUGUUAUAGUUAUUUGAAUGACUCUUACCAUAAUAUGUUACGUUAACAUACCAGGCACGUUCUCAGUUGGUUAUUUAUGCCUCAUAUAACGUACACUUAUUCAGCCUGUUGUUCACUAUUCUUUAUUUAUUUUAAAUUGCCUUUCAAAUGUCUAUUCUUGGUGUUGGCUUUUAUCAAAUACAUUUCCCCCAAAAAUGCGACUUAUACUCCAGUGCGACUUAUAUAUGUUUUUUUCCUUCUUUAUUGUGCAUUUUCGGCCGGUGCGACUUAUACUCUGAAAAAUACGGUAGUGCCUAUAGUCUCGCUAGAGCACAGUCAGCAUUCUUCGUGAAAAGACUGAACAUUUUUGCACUGUUGUUGAUUUGAUGGAGAAUGUUGUAGAACAGUGGUUCUCAAAUAAAUACCACCAUGGCUCUCCAUGUACCGCCUUAAUGACCAGCAUUCAAAUACAGUAGCGCAGUAGGCCUACCUGUUCAUCAAAAACACGGUCGAGGUUUUCUUUAACGAGUACAUUUAAUAUUAGCCACUGAUUUGAACACUAACACCGUGUUUGAAUAUAGGAAAGUCAAACUUAAAUUAACCUCUAAAGCAGGCCUGGGCAAUUAUUUUGACUCAGGGGCCAAAUUUAGAGAAAAAAAAUGUGUUUUGGGGCCGGUAUAUCUAUUUAUAGGAAGACUAAUACAAAACCUCACAAUAAUGUCUGAUUGAAUGCUAAAAACGUUAUGACAGACCGCCUUAAAGAAAGGAAUGGAAUUUUAUUUUUUUUUACUGAAUGAGACACCCAGAAUGUACAUGAAAAUAAAGAAUGUGGGAUUUACAAUAUUAACUAUGACCGAUAAAACACUGAAUAUUGACAACAUAUGAACGUCACGCCCACUCUCCGUCGACAUAUUUUACAAUCAAGCGAAAUGCAACAAAACAGCGAAAUAUGAACGCGAAGGGUACAAAUAAACCCACCUACAAUCUGACAUAUCUGAUAUAUCACUAAACUUUAGAACUUUGUUGUGAAAAUCUCGUACCGCGUCUGUCCCUGACACCCGAAUUUCAGGCUGACACUCUGUGGAAACGCUCCUCCACCCACACUGCUUGGUGCCUGCUGUGACUUAGAUUACCAUAGUAACUAGAAUAUAUAAAUAAAUCGAAAUUGAAUAUCAUGCAAAAGCGCAGAUUCCAAGCAUUGAAAUACUUUGUAUAGUUCAAGACUUACGGUCAUUUGAAAACAUUUGGGAAUGUCCGGCGGGCCAGAUUGAAAAGCUUAACGGGCCGCAUGUGGCCCCCGGGCCUUAAUUUGCCCAGGUCUGCUCUAAAGGCUUAGUGGCCACAUGCGUGGACAGCACCUUUUAGCUCUUAUUUCCAAAAUUGUGUAUACUACUGAAUUGGGGUCUUAUGGCCGCUUAUGUGGACACUUAUACUGCCACCUGGUGGUGUCAGAAGAGUAUAACAUACAAUGGAAUAUGGAAAAAAAAGUGUAAAAAUAAGAAUUAGCAUGUCACUAAACAUGAAGUACACAAACGUGUACUUAUGGACUAAGUACAUCAUAUCAAAAGAUGAUUCUUAGUUUUUAUUCUAAUUAGGGUCCAAUAAGUCCAAAUAGCAAAGAGAAAAAAGAAAAAAAAGCAUGUAAACACACAGCUUGGGCUUUAAGAGAUUAAGUGAUUCUUUGGCCCGAGCACCACCGGUUUGAGAAUCACUGUUCUAGAAGUUCUUCCACUCUGACAAAUUGUAUCUUUAUUCUGUGAUUUGUAUGUUUUAUUGAGGGUUUGAACGGGGGGUGAAAGCAACACAACUUAAAGUCAAAGAAACUGUUUGUUACAUGAUGUUCACUAACAUAAUGUGUAAAGUGACAUUUUUGGGAUACUGUUCGAGUCCUGCAUUCCGUUCAGCCAAGACUUGGCAGUGGACUGAUCGGGUGUUACUGUAGAAAGGUUCAACUGGUGACCAAAUACUAAAUAAACACACUUAAA